CACAAAUUUUCAGAUGAAUGCUAAUUAAGAAUUUCUCUGUUUUGAGUAAAAUGAAGAAAUAAGUAAAUAACUAAUAAACUUUAAUUGAGUGAAGGGAUUAGCAUAAUCGAACAAAUAUACUGAAAUAAUCGAAUUUUGUGAUCGUCAGAUAGCUUUAAUUCAGGUAGCAUAAAUUGUUCAAUAAGAUAGCUCAGGUUUAAUUUUUAUUUUAUUAAGCAUUAAAAUAGAGGAACCCCUUGAUUUUUGCAAGGUAAGUAGUUAAUCAAGCGGGAGUUUCAUCCUUGCUAAAAUUGAUUCUUAUGUUUCAAAAUUUCAGAUUGAAAGUGCAUAUGAAUUUUAUUUUAAAAAGAAAAGUAUAUGCAAUGUAAUUUAGUAAAAACCCUACGCAUUUUAGAAUAUUAUUAAGAAGCAAUCCAAUGCCGACAAUUAAUGAAUAGUCUAUUGGUAAAAAAUAAUUCUUAACACUUUUAAACAUUAAUUGAAUUAGGUAAAUUUCACAAUAUGAUUAGCCUCAUCAUUAUAUAAGUAGGGGAAGGUAGAAGAGUUUAUUUAAUAGUUGGGUCUAGAUAUUGAGUCAAACAAAAAAGACAUUUAAUACUAUAAAUAAUUAGGUUUAAUGUUUAAAUAUUUUUAAGUGAAGAAUCUAAAGGAUUAAGGUUUAAUUGAAGAAGCUAUUGCUUGUUUAGAUUAUGGAAUAUAAAACAAUUAAACUCUAGAGAAAUUUAAACUUAAAAAAGGUUUUAUUAUUAUUUUAUAUUUCUAAGCAAAGAAUCUAAUUUAUAAAGAAUAAUAUGAACAAGCAAAAAAAAACAUAAAUUAAGUAUUGUGAUAAAG